AGUACUUCUUCACCCAUGACCUGCAUUUGUGACAUUCCUGCAGCACUGAAGGACACCUCGCUGAGUCCUCCAGUCUGAAAUGUUUACUACGGAGCACAGAGUCCCACUUGGCACCGGGAGUGCAACUUCAACAAGUCCGCAGCUCGGACCGACGCCCCUCUCUUCUUCCUCUCCUCUUCCUCUCCUCCUCCUCUGCUCUUCCUCUGCUCUUCACUCAAUUAAACACAACAUUAAGUGGACUGUGGUGGAGGUUUGCUGAAGUUACAUCGAGCUGAUUCCCCGAGGCUGAGGAUCCAUACAGGUGUCGUCUAUAGAUCUGAUCUGUGGUCCCCUCUGGUAACAUGGGCGGAGUGAGCUGGGGUUAUCCAUGGACCUGCAGACUGUGGCCACUUGUCAUUAUUCUGGCCACUUUACCAGGCUGCUCGGUGCAAAGCUCAGAGAGUCCGGCUGCUGUGGUGGGGAAGAUGUACCCAAGAGGCAACCACUGGGCUGUAGGUCACUUGAUGGGUAAGAAGAGCAUUGAGAGCCUGCCUGCUGACGUGCAGGGGACGAACCCCAACAGUGACCACCUCCUCCCCUCAGAUACAGUCCCAGAGCUGGACCGAUUCGAGCCCCUGAUGGAGGCUCUGACACAACAGAAGAACCAAAACCAGAUGAAGCCACAAACCACAGACCGGCUGCUCCGACUGCACAUCGGCUGGAGAGAAGAGGACAGAGACAAAUAUCUCAGAGAGCUGUCAGACCUGCUUCUUCUGGCUUUGAAACUGCGAGGCAACGACUCCACCUGAAGGAGAGACGGAUUCUGUUUGAGAAGCAGCCACCAUCACCUACUAAACACUGUAAUCACACAUCCACACUGACUGUUUUUUUUUCUGCUGUGAGAAAAUGGUGGAAACCUACUGGAAGUUUAUUUUAAUCAGUGAUUUCAAAUUUCUAAAUCAUACAGCAGUUUGACAACAGACUGGCCUGAAAACUAUAUGUCACAUAAGCCAAUAAAACUAAA